AUGUUGGAUGGUAAUUCAAUUGAAGAGUAUUACGAUCUUCAAGAAAAUGAAGUUGAAGCUUUAAAAUCCAUUUAUAUGGAUGAUUUUAAGGAUAAAACACAAUCAAAAUCCGCUUGGAACAAAAAACCAUCACCUAAAUUUGAGAUUCAUUUAUACUCAUAUGAAGAUGAUCCAACAGUCUCACUUACAUUAGAUAUUGAACUUACAUCAACAUACCCGCUGACUGUACCAAAUAUCAAGAUCAAAAACCAGGUACAUGUUCUUUCAAGUCAAUCACAAUACCUCGAGAAAUUCAUCAAGGAAAGAAGCAAAGAACUUAGAGGUACAGAGAUGAUCUUUGAAAUAACACAAACUAUCAAAGAACAGUUGGAUAUUUAUCAGAAGGCUGCUAAUACAAACUCACUAGAAGAUGAAAGAUUGCUUAGAAUUAAACAAGAGCAAGAACAACUGGAAGCCCAAGAGAGGCAAAUGGCGGCUAGAGAGGAGGCAAAGAGACAGAAGGAUCUUGAAAGAACAAAUAUGUUGAUUGAAAAAGAGAUGGAAAAAAGACACAUUGAUAAUAAGGAAUUGGAUGGGAAACAUGUGGAUCAAUAUGAAGAUGUUGAUGAUUCACUUAUGUAUCCACCUCAGCAGCAAAUAGAUUCCGGUGAGGCGUGUGUGUUUGAUAGAGUCAUCACCGUAAGGCUUUCAAACAACAUCACACUUCAAUUCAAAGCUGUUACAAGGUGUCUCACCUCAAGACCACAAGGUAUUUUGUCAUUUGGAAAGUUAUCCAUCGUGAAGCCUUAUUUGCACCCAUCAGCUGAAGAAAGUAAAAUUUACAAAAAAGGAUUAAAAACUUUGGAAGAUGAAUCUUUGUUUUGUUUGAUUGAAGUUGAACUUGAGAACCCAUUUUUUGGAACUUCUAGUGGUAAGAAGGAAGUUCAAGACCUUGAAAAGGAAUUGGACAGCUUGGUUGAUUUCAGACAUGAAAAUGUGUCUUCAUUAUAUGCAUACAGUAUAGAGCCAAUAACUCAAAAAGGAAGACAACGAGGAGCGUUUUUCAAAAUCAAACUUCUUACAGAGUAUUCCUCCCUGGGGACACUUCAAGAUCUUUUAUCAACAAUCAAAUUUGUUAACUUGGCAUCUGCAAGAUCAUGGAUUAUUCAACUGAUUGAAGGUUUAGAACAACUACACAAGGCCGGUUUGAUUCAUAAGUACAUAAACUUGAGUUCUAUUUGCUUGUUCAAUAAUAAAGAUCUUGGUGCAGUUACUGCAAAAUUGAAACAUCCAACUUAUGGCUACAGAUUGGUCAACAUGUUAUCAAAAUAUCCGAACAAAUCCCAUGGGGUGGAAGUCAGUGUUAUAAAGAAUACAUGGUGUGCACCAGAGUUAAGAGACAAUCAAGAACCUCAAAGAAAAACUGAUGUUUGGAAUCUUGGUGUGCUAUUUGUUGAACUAAUUGUUGGUGCUGAAGCAAUAAAGGAAUAUGAUACUCCUGAUGAUUUCUUAUGUUCAGUCCCUCUAGAUGAAUCGUUAAAGGAUUUUAUCAAAAGUAUCUUUAUUGAGAAACCAAGAAAGAGACCUGCACCACUUGAGCUUUUGCCAUCAAAAUUUUUAAGAACAAAUAUUGAUCAACCUAAUCCAAACUUGUUGGCAAGAACCCCUGGUAAUAAUGUUGAAGAUUUGACGGCAAGUAUGAUGUCUAGCAGUUUAUCUGUUGGAUCGUCCCAUUCGGGACGUCAUCCAAGAAGAAGUUUCAACAAUGGAGAUAGAUUUUCUUAUUCAGGAGGUGGAACAGCUGGAGUUAUAUCGAGAUAUGCACAGGAUUUUGAAGAAAGUGCUAUUUUGGGGAAAGGUGCUUUUGGGAAAGUUAUCAAGGCAAGAAACAGGCUUGAUGGCAGGUUUUAUGCUAUCAAAAAAAUCAGACAUAGAGAAGACAAAUUAUCUUCAAUUUUAAAUGAAGUUAUGUUACUUGCAAGAUUAAAUCAUCAAUAUGUUGUGAGAUACUAUGCUGCAUGGCUAGAAGAUGAUCAUGACGAGACACCAUUUGCUGAUAGUGAAAGUGAAGAUACAGCUGAAGAAGAAGAUAGCAAAGACUUUGAUGAAAUUGAUGAUAUAGGUCAUACUAUGAGCUUUUCCAGACCAGAUAUCAAUAGAAGCCAUACGCUGGAUUUUAUUUCGAACUCCAUGCAUGAUGACUAUCCAGAAAUUGAAUUUGGUUUUAGCUCCUCAGAUGAAGAUCAUGAACACUCAGAUAAUUCAGAUAUUGAAGAGAUUUCGUCACAAGCCUCCGAACCCAAACUAAUGAGAUCAGCUAUUUUCAAAAAUAAGAAGAAAAUGAGCACACUGUUCAUCCAAAUGGAGUAUUGUGAAAACCAUACGCUUCACGAUUUAAUCAAUUCAGGGUCUCUUCAGAUGCAAAGGGAUGAAUAUUUCAGGUUAUUCAGAGAAAUCUUGGAAGCUUUGAGUCACAUUCAUGCUCAGGGUAUCAUCCAUAGAGACUUGAAACCAAUGAACAUUUUCAUUGAUCAAUCUAAAAAUAUCAAAGUUGGUGAUUUUGGUCUUGCCAAAAAUGUUCAUAAUUCAAUAUCUUCGGUUUCCAAACUUGAGAAGAAUUCUUAUCAAAAUUCCGAAGAUUUAACCUCAGAAGUUGGUACAACUUUAUAUGUUGCGAAUGAAGUCUUAACUGGUGAAGGUAAUUAUGAUUCAAAGGUUGAUAUGUAUUCACUGGGUAUCAUCUUCUUUGAGAUGAUAUAUAAAUUGUCAACAGGUAUGGAGAGAGUUAUGGUAUUAAAAGAUUUGAGAUUACCAAAUGUCAAAUUUCCAAAUGAAUUUUCCCCUGCCAAAUACCCAGUGGAGAAGAAAAUCAUUAGAGAGCUUUUAGACCACAACCCGAGAGUUCGCCCAAGUGCAGAUAAAUUGUUAAAGUCAGGUUUAUUACCAGUGAAAGAACAAGAUCAGAUUGUCAAAGAAGCUUUGAAAAGUCUAGCAGAUCCUUCGUCACCAUGGCAAGAGCAAGUGAGAGAAACAUUAUUUAAUCAGCCAUAUAGUCUAGCAAAUGAUGUGUUGUAUGAUAAGAAGCGUGACCCAUUGCCCAUUUCAAAUCAGCUUCUGAAUAAACAGAUGAUCAAAGAAAUAACCUCAAUUUUUGAAAUUCAUGGUGCUGUCGAGACAAAAGAACCACCAUUGAUGUUCCCCAAAUCACCAUUAUACUCCAUGCAAAAUGUUUAUGAAGUCUUGGACAAAACGGGUACGGUGUUACAGCUUGCUUAUGAUUUGACACUUCCUAUGGCAAGGUAUCUAGCCAAAACAAAUUCAUCCUUGGAAAAACUGUUCAGAAUAGAGUAUGUUUACAGGCCGGAUCCAAGUAAUUCAACUGCCGAGCCAGGAAAAUUUGCUGAAAUUGAUUUUGAUAUCAUUAGCUCUGAAUCUACUGACCUUGCAUUCCAUGAUGCAGAGACAAUCAAAGUUAUUGAUGAAAUCAUCACAAUUUUCCCAGUUUUCAAGAAAUCCUCAACUUCAAUAGUUAUCAACCAUUGUGGUAUUCUUGACAUAAUCUUUGAUUUUUGUGGUAUAGAUAAAGCACAAAGGCCUAUAGUAUGCAACACAUUGUCACAAGUUGGAUUUACAAAGACUAUGAAACAGGCCAAGCAAGACUUGAGAGAACAGCUCAAUAUCACAUCUACGGUAUUACAUGAACUUGAACAAUUUGAUUUUAGAUUAAAUCCUGAGAAUACAAAGGCUAGAUUGCAUAGAUUGAUGGUUGAUAGUGUCCACUUAGCCAAGAUUGACUCUUAUAUUCUGUACCUAUCAAAGGUUUUGAACUACCUGAAGCUGUUUGGUGUCAAUACUUCUAUCUUUAUUUCACCUUUGAGUAAUUAUAAUGCAUCAUUCUAUAACAAUGGCAUCAUGUUCCAAGCUGUCAAUGAGGAAAAAAGAAGAACAAUUAUUGCUGCAGGUGGUCGCUAUGAUAGUUUGAUCUCUUAUCUAUCCAGACCUUCGGGUGAUAGUUCUUUUCAUCUUCAGCAUGCUGUUGGUUUUAAUCUUGCUUGUGAAAAAGUGUUCAGCAACAUGCAAUCUUUUAUGAGGUUGAAUGGCUCAAAAAAAUCAAGUUCAAAGAGUAAAAGAAAUUUUUUGAAAGAUACUGAAACAAAAGUUGAUUGGAAUCCAAAGAGGUGCGAUGUUUUGGUUUCAAGUUUAAGCUCAACUCUAUGGAAAACUUAUGGAAUCGAAGUUGUCAAGAAACUUUGGAAUGCUGGGAUAUCUGCUGAUAUUUUUAAAAACACACAUGGGGUGGAAGACAUAUUGACUUCUGCUCAGGAUAACGGUGCAAAAUGGGUUGUACUUAUUAAGCAACAACAGCAACAAUAUGCAUCGCAUAGUAUGAAUAAGAAGAAAUAUAAACCUUUGAAGCUUAAGAAUAUCGAAACUUCAGCGGAUAUUGAUGUUGAUAUUGAUGAACUCUUAUCCAUUGUGCAAAGUGAUCUUCAUGAUCAAAAUUUGGCUGGUUCGAUUAAUAGUUUACCUGGCUCUAGUGGUCAAGAGAUUUACGGUAAUGAUAAUUCAUCAGAUGAGAGCCUAUCAAAUGGGCUAAAUCAAUCAUUUACUUUUGACAACCAAAAAGUGGUUCAUAUUUCGAAUGAGGCAACAAGAAGUUCCAAGAAGUCCACCAAAAAAGAUAGAUGGUCUGUUGAAGAAAAUGCUAGAAAGACUAGUAAUUCAAUUUUGAGUGAUAUAUCUUCAGUUCCAGUCAUUGCAAUUGAUCCAGUUCGUGAUGAAGUCUUGGAUAUGAUGUCUAUAACUUCUGUUGCACAAAAAGAUGAAUGGAUUAGAAAGGUUGGGGGUGUAUCAAAUUCAACACCUAGAAGUUUUGCAACCUCAAUAUACAAUGCGUUAUCAAAAGAAGCCUCAAAGGGUACCAAAUGGAUCAUUGUAACCUGUCCAAAGACUGGAAAGUCAUGCAUUUGUGAUUUGCAAAGAUGA